AUGUCGCGUCAACUCAUUUCCAGCGAGAAGUUCCCCACAAAGCCCCAUAACUGUCCGGCUGUCAAAGUACCAGGUCUCGUGUUUUGUGCAGGUCAAACGGCAACUGGAGAAAUCAAACAAGCAACCAGAACCGUUUUACAAAACCUGAAAGAGGUUCUGGAGCUUGCCGGUUCGUCACUUGAGCAAGUGGUGAAGUAUAAUGUUUAUCUUGCCGAUAUGGCCGAUUUUCAAUCCAUGAACGAGGUUUACAUUGAUUUCCUCCCCCAACCCAUGCCAGCUCGAUCCUGCUUGCAAGCCUUGGCCCCAGGGAAAGAUACCGUAAUUGAGAUUGAAUGUAUUGCACAGGUGUGA